CGGCAGACCGGGGGUAACAAUGGUGAAGUUUCUGGUGAGUUCUGGCUGCGCCCUGGCUGCGUCGGUGCUGCUCCGUGUGCCUGUCGGAUCGUGGUGAGGAGAAAAUGAGCGAAGAGACGGCGACUUCUAACGAUAAUAGUUAUGCACGAGUGCGAGCUGUGGUGAUGACCCGGGAUGACUCAAGUGGUGGAUGGUUACCACUUGAAGGGGGUGGACUAAGCUGUGUCACAGUCUUCAAAGUCAUUCCCCAGGAAGAGAAUAGCUGUGCUGAUUUUCUUAUCCAUGGAGAACGACUCAGGGAUAAAACGGUGGUCUUGGAAUGCACAUUAAAGAAAGACCUUGUUUACAACAAAGUUACUCCUACUUUUUACCACUGGAAGAUUGAUGACAAAAAGUUUGGCCUCACAUUUCAGAGUCCUGCUGAUGCAAGAGCAUUUGAUAGAGGUAUUCGGAGAGCAGUAGAGGAUAUUUCUCAAGGUUAUCCACCCUCCCAAAAUGAUGUUGAAGUGGCAGAAGACUGCUUUCAAACUGCUCAAGAAAAUACAUCAGGUUCACUAAUGAAAGAUCACCUUUUUCAACAUGAAACUGUAGUAACCAGUGAAACUUACAACUGUGCAAAUUUGAGGCCUUCAACAUUUGAGGAUUUCAACACCAGGAGAGCCUGUUUUCCUAGCCAACCUAACCAGGUCCCACUGAAGUCAAUCAGACACGUUAGUUUUCAGGACGAAGAUGAAAUUGUCAGAAUAAACCCUCGUGACAUUUUGAUACGUCGUUAUGCAGACUACAGGCAUCCUGACAUGUGGAAGAAUGACCUGGAGAGGGAUGAUGCGGACUCAAAUAUACCAUUUUCUAAAUCAGACAGUAAAAAAUCUGACUAUUUAUACCCAUGUGGAGAUGGAACUAAGUUGAAUUCCCUAAAAGACUCAAAGAGUUCUGUGGUAUUUAAAACUCAGCCUUCCUCAUCAAAAUUUAAAAACUCAAAAAGAAGAAAAGAGGAUGGUGAGCGUUCCCGCUGUAUAUACUGCCAGGAAAGGUUUAAUCAUGAAGAUAAUGGCAGAGGAAAAUGUCAAGAUGCGCCAGAUCCUAUUAAAAGAUGUAUCUACCAAGUUAGUUGCAUGCUUUGCGCAGAGAGCAUGCUGUAUCACUGCAUGUCAGACUCUGAAGGAGAUUUCUCUGAUCCUUGCUCGUGUGACACUAGUGAUGACAAGUUCUGCUUACGCUGGUUAGCACUGGUGGCACUCUCGUUCAUUGCUCCAUGUAUGUGCUGCUACCUCCCCUUGAGAGCAUGCCAUCACUGUGGUGAGGUGUGUGGGUGCUGUGGAGGAAAGCAUAAAGCUGCGGGAUGAAUCAAUCUUGUGCCAAACAGAGCUGAAAAAUCUUUGUUUCCAGGAAGCAUCUAACUUGGAUUUGUGGAAGCUUUUUGGCAAGCUGAAGGGAAUCUUCUUUCACGUAAGAGAUGCUUGAUGUGGAGGAAGCAACGAGACUUGUCAGACCUUGGCAUUUUACAAGUGCUAGCCACGCCUAACUAUUUGCUUUGAGCGCGUGGCAUUUGUUGCAAGUUGUGAAGGAGAUUUUGCGAAGGAAAGCCUGUUCUUAUUAUUGGCUAUAAAAUGAGUAUAUAAACUAUGAUUAUACUAAAAGGGAUUAACUUUUGCCACUUUGUACAUUCAUGGUUUAGGUGAGGGGGCUCUUUUAAAAGGAUUAAAACUUAUCUGAGGGGAAAUUUUAACUAAAAGUGCACUAGUGACAGUUGAUUUAAGAUUAAGAAAAGUUAAUACUCAGCAAAUGAGAAAUGAAACUGAUUUUAAGUGCAACUAAAUCACUUAUUAAUAGUUUUUUGGAAACAACUUUAUGUAUAAAUAACAAAUGUUUAUAUUUAACUAAAUGUGUAAGGUACGAAUUAUUACUUGUUAAACUUUCCUUCCCUCCAAUAUAGUAGGUAUGGACCAUAUCUACUGUCACAUUCCAUGGUAGUAUUUUAAAUAGUUAAUUUAGUUGCAUUUUUAUUCCAGAUGGACAAAUUGAUAUUUUCAGUCCUGGUUCCCUUCAGCUACAGUUUGUGUUGAGUUGUAUCCAUGCAUUCUGAUAAUCUAAAAACCUUUAAAAUAUUAAUUAUUCUAGUCUUGAGUGACCAAUAUUUUCUUUGUUAAGCACAGAUGUAAUUGUCUAAAAUGUUCUUGUUAGAACAUAACAUUUAUUUUUAUAUAUAAAUUACUUUGAUUUCAACAUAAUAGCAAAAAAGGAUGUUGUUUCUGUUGUUCAACCAGCAAGUUGUUUUCUUUUGGGGUGUCCUCCAAAAAUACUUUCUUGCAUAUUCAAAUGUUCAUUAAGCAAAAGGUACAUUAAGGCAGUUGUAACAAAUUGUCACCAGUGUUCUUGUUUAUCCUUCUGUUAAACUAGGAUCCUGUUCAGCUGUUUAUCAAGUACUAUGAUUAAAACAAAAGAUUAAUAACAAAA